AAAGCCACCACAUGCUUUUAAUGUGCUACAGCCUCUAUGACCUUACUUGGAAAAGACCAGGAUGUCUAAUCAAUCACACAAUGAUUUGAAGAAUCCAUAUCCAAACACAAAUACGGUUGUUGUGUGUGUGAUAAGAGCUACAGCCCAGCAACAGGAAGUAUGCUGCUUGAACCUUGUUCACUGCUAGCCCUGAAGUGGAACAGUGUGGUUGUUUUCCGCCAAUAGGCACCAUGGCUAAGCAGCUGCUCCUCAUUUUGAUCUUCGCUUCUCUGUCAAGUCUCCUGAAGGCAGAAAGAAAUGUAUUCUUACAAGAUAAAACUGCAAACCAUUUUCUGAAAAGAGCAAAGCGUGCCAAUUCACCAUUUGAGGAGUUUAAGCAAGGAAACAUUGAAAGAGAGUGCAAUGAGGAGAGAUGCUCCAAAGAAGAAGCCAGAGAAGCCUUUGAAGACCAAGAGAAAACUGAGGAGUUCUGGAAUGUUUAUGUAGAUGGGGACCAGUGUGCCUCACAGCCUUGUCAUUAUGGUGGGACAUGCAAAGAUGGCAUUAAUACAUACACCUGCACAUGUCUGGAUGGCUAUCAUGGGCAAAACUGUGAACAUGUCAUACAAAAAUCCUGCAAGUUGGACAAUGGUGGCUGUUGGCAGUUCUGCAAGUCUGUAGAAAAUACUGUUGAAUGCUUUUGUGCUGAUGAUUAUAUACUGGAAAACAAUGGAGAAUCCUGCGUUCCUAAAGUUGAAUAUCCAUGUGGUCGGAUUCAAAAGAAGAUGAAAAAGACAAAGAGGGAAGCCAGUUCACUUUUUAAUACAUUCAGUACUUUAUCAGCCUAUGACGAAAAAGCUGGUGACCUGUAUUACGAUGGUACACAGAGUUUCCCAAGUGCUAGUCCCUACCUACACUCCCAGGAUGAAGCAUCACUCAAUGAGGAUGAAGAAGAUUACUCUGAUACGGACCCAGAUGUCAGAAUAGUUAAUGGACAGGACUGUAAACUGGGUGAAUGUCCAUGGCAGGCACUUCUAAUAGACAGGGAAGGAGAAGGGUUUUGCGGAGGAACAAUUCUGAGCAAAAUGUAUGUGCUUACAGCAGCUCACUGUAUUAACCAAACAAAACUAAUUAAAGUUGUUGUGGGGGAAGUGAAUACAACAGCAAAUGCAAGAACAGGGGUUAUUCUCACUGUGGAUAAAAUAUACGUGCAUCAGAAAUUCAUACCAGAAACCUAUGACUAUGAUAUAGCCCUCAUUCAGUUGAAGACUCCUAUCCAGUUUUCACGGAAUGUGAUCCCUGCGUGCCUUCCUACUGCAGACUUUGCUAAUCAAAUCCUAAUGAGACAACGUAAGGGUACUGUCAGUGGCUUUGGCCGCACCCAUGAAAGAGGUCGAGUGUCCGCCACGCUCAAAGUAGUCCAACUGCCCUAUGUUGAGAGGCAUAUCUGCAAGCUGUCCAGCAAUUUCCCAAUCACUGAAAAUAUGUUCUGUGCUGGUUACAGUUCUUUAACUCAAGAUGCAUGCCAGGGAGACAGUGGAGGCCCGCAUGUCACGGAAUACAAGGGCACUUACUUUGCUACCGGUAUAAUCAGUUGGGGAGAAGGGUGUGCAAGGGAGGGGAAAUAUGGCAUUUAUACCAAAGUGUCAAAAUUCAUAGGUUGGCUAAGGAGAAUAAUGCGUCAAAAGAUACAACAGAAUGAGGCAUGAGGAGAACCUCUGUUUCCUGAUAAUAAUUCAGUGGCAUAUUUCACACAGGCAUUUCAUCAAUAAAUUAAAUAAGUCCUUCUGCCUAAGACUUACACCAGCCUUUGCCAACCUGUUGCCCUCCAGAUAUUUUGAGCUACAACCUCUGUCAGCCCCUGCCAGCCCAACUAUGCUGGCUGGGGGUUGCUGGGAGUUUUAGUCCAAAACAUCUGGAGGGUACCAGAUUGCUGAAGACUGACUUACAGUACGUUUCUUUCAUGGCUUAUUUCUUCAUUUCAGAAGUCUUGCUCAGGUGUUAUGCCUGAACAAGAAACAUCCAUUCAUCUUGGGGACGUGUGGCUGAUUCCCCAUCCCUGCCUGCCCUGUCCCAGACCUUUCCAUGUUCAGCAGGGAAGCUUUGAAGAGGCUUACUGUUCACAUUCACUUGAACUACUUUAUCAGGGCUCCCAAUCAUGCAGAAGCUUCUACUUGCAUUCAAGUGAAGACAGGUAGAAGCCCCUUUCAGACCUUCCCUGCUCAACACAGGAAAGUCUGGAACUGAUAAGAGCGAACCAGUGCACACAAGGACAUUGGUGAUAGGCCCAUGUCCACAGUCCCUGUGGCUCCUACGUGACAGAGUUCCUGAUCUGAGCAAAAACAACCACUGCAGCUUGUUAAAGUCAUUUGCGUAACCUAGUUUGCCCAUUCAUCUGAAGGUUCUAGCGUAACAACCGCUUAUGUCUCUGGGACUCAGACUGGAAAAAAUGUAUUUAAUGUAAUUCACUGUGUGUGCUAUUUGUUUUAGUUGAUUUGUAAGGCUUAGAAUGGCAACUUCCAUUCCUAAAGACACAACCAUAGGAUUGUAGUGAAAGGUGUCCAUUCUAUCUUUUUUAACACAAGUAGAUGUUGAUAAUGUUUAGUCACAAAGAAAUAUAUUCAGUGCACUUUUUAAAAACAGGAUAUUAUCAUGACCAAACCAAUAUCUGAAAAUGCAUUUAUUUGAAAAGUAUACUGUGCAAUUCCAUGCAUGUCUACUCAGAAGCUAGCCCAAUUGGCUGGUAUUCGGUGCUAGUCUUACUCAGAGUAGACCCAUUCAAGUUAAUAACAUAACUGAGGUUCAUUAAUUUCAAUAUGUCUACUCUCUGAGUAGGACUUAGUUGAAUACAACCCCUUGUGUUCAUUGGGACAGUAAAUGGGUAUGGAAUUAUUGCCUUAGAGUCUUUUCCGAUUUGUGAUUCAAAUAAUUAAAGACUAUCAUUCUAAAAAAAUGCUGUACAGCUGAAGAUUUUGUAAACAUCAGUUAAUAUGGUCAAUAAUAAACAUUUCAAAUGCACAA